UCCAAUAUUCCCUAUUACACAUCUUUUUACUUUUUCUCUCUCAAAAAUCCAUCACUUCUCUCCGUCUUCUCGCAUCUGCUUUCUUUGACUCGCCAAAGGUUUCUUCUUUCUUCUUCUUCUUCUUCUUCUUCACCAAAUCCAAGCCACAGAUUCCAAAUCCAACCAUUUCUUCUCCGGUACAAUCCAUUUCCAACUUGUAUGAGCUGGCAUCAACUGAGUCGCAUGCAUUUUUUCCCUUGUUUUUACAGAAAGCUAGGCAUCCUGAUUACUGAUAUAAAUUCCAAGCACAAUAUGGGUUGUUUCACAGUUUUAAAGAGCAAAAAGAAAAGGGCCGAACAGCCUGUUUACGUCAAACGUAUUAAUCCUAAAGAACACGCGCCCACGACAUUGCCUGAACCAAAAAUCGAAACACGAUCACUACAGUCUGCACCCCCUAGUUUUAGAACAAGAGUGAAGCCAAUUCAACCAGUUAGCAGAGUCACAAAUAGUAGGGCACGGGCAUUAUCUGCUCCAUCAACUCUUGAUGCGGCAGAACAAGAUGCUCUCUCAUCAAUGGACUAUGAGGAAGCAGAAGAGCCCAAGUACAGAACUGUCUCCACGAAAGAACAAAGGCCUCCAAGCCCACGACCUCUUCCUCUCCCAUCACCUCAGGGAUCCACUGCACCAUUAAGAAGCAUGGGAAGCUUUAAAUCGAUUACUGCUAGUGGGCCUCUCCAUUCUGCUGAACCAUUGCCACUACCUCCAACAGUAACACUCCGGAACUUUUCCUAUGACGAAAUAGCAUCCGCUUGCCUCCACUUUUCUUCUGACCGAUGCGUGUCCGAAGGUCUUUCCUCCGUAAUAUAUAGGGCUUCGUUUGGAGAUGAUGCUUCAAGUUUAAAAAGAUUUGAAGCCACUGUUACUCGUCUUCACCCCUCCACUCAGGGUUUAAAGGAAUUCAUAACUGAGGUGAACACUAUUUCAUCUUUGCAACAUCCAAACCUCUGUAAAUUGCUUGGUUUUCACGCACGGGAAGGUUCAGAUCAAAGAAUGUUGGUCUAUGAGAGGCUUUCUCAUGGAAGUUUGGACCGGCUACUCUUUGGGAGAUCAGAUGGGCCCCCGAUUGAUUGGAAUACAAGAAUGAAAAUUGCUUUAUGUGCUGCACAAGGUCUUACUUUCUUGCAUGAAGAAGGGCCUUUUCAGGCUAUGUACAACGAAUUUUCAACUGCCAGCAUACAGAUUGACAAGGAUUUUAGCGCAAAGCUUUCAGGAUAUGGUUGCGUUGGUCAUAUUAUUGAGACAGAGCUUUCUAACAGUUCAGUUGUAAGUUCCGCGACCCUGUUUAGUGAUGUCUUUCAGAUUGGCCCAUGUCCAACUGUUGGAUUUUACAUCCCCCAGCUUGAAUUCAUGAGGGUUGAUUUAUCUCCUCGAUUGUCCGUACAGGCAGUAGCAAAUCUCUCUUUUGAGACAUUGGAGAAAGGAUUGCUUACUCCAAAGAGCAACGUUUGGAGUUUCGGAAUUGUUCUUCUGGAACUACUUACAGGGCGGAGGAAUCUCGAUAGCCGUCACCCCAAGGAAGAAAGAAAUUUGGUCAAGUGGAGCCGUCCUUUUCUAGCCGAUGACCAUCGUCUGUCAUUGAUCAUGGAUCCUCAGCUAAAAGGCCGAUUCCCUGUCAAAGCAGCCAGGACAGUGGCUGACAUUGCACAAAGAUGCCUUCAGAAAGAUCCAUCAGAAAGGCCCACCAUGAGAACUGUUGUUGAACAUCUCAAACUAAUACAAGACCUGAAAUACUCUUACCGGUUCCCCUUACAAGAGCCAGCAACAAUUGCUGGAAAACAGAUGUACAAAUCACCAAGUUUUAAUGGAAUCAUCACACCCCCAGCGCCGAGGUUAAGUUUCUCCCCAUCACCACCGUCAAGAGCCAGGCCGUCUGUUUCACCUACUAGGCGACCAGUCUUGCCCAGUUCUCUUCCUCCGCGUGCAUGUUCCUCCACCAUCUCUUUGGAGGAGCUUGAUCGACAGGAAAGCCGGAAGUCAUCAUCAUCGACCGUCCGGAGGACCAGUGUCGAGGGAUUUUGAAUGUGUAUAAAAUGCAUUUUUUAUUUUAUUUGAUUUUUUAUUUUGUGUUCUUUGUGAUUCAACACAAUAUAUAGAAGAUAAAGAUGUGGUUCUUCCACUUUCACAUCCCUCUAGAUCAUAAAACAGAGAGGAUGCCCUUUUGUAGAUAGAGUGUGAACCUGUUGACCAACGGGUUCAAUUAGGUUUCCCAAUCAAGAAUGCCAUUCCUAUUCAUACAUACAAGAAAAUUUUUUUUUCC